UUCUUGUGUUCUAUUUUCCAGGACAAUCAAAUCGACUUCAAGGAGUUCAUCUGUGCGCUGUCUGUCACAUCCAGAGGCAGUCUAGAUGAAAAACUGGAAUGGGCUUUCAAACUGUAUGACCUGGAUGGGGAUGGCUUCAUCACGAGGUCGGAAAUGUUGGCUAUAGUGGAUUCCAUAUACAGUAUGGUGGGUAGUCAGGCCAAGCUCCCAGAGGAAGAAAACACUCCAGAGAAAAGAGUAAACAGAAUAUUCAGUGCCAUGGACAAGAACAGAGACAAUUUAUUAACAAUGGAAGAAUUUCUGGAAGGGUGCAAAAAUGAUCCCACAAUUGUCCAAGCACUGACCCUCUAUGAUGGCCUCGUAUGACACAGUGAAAAGAUGUCUGGAACUGCCUGUACCUACAGCACUGUUAGGCCGCAAAAUGUCAUAGAUCAGACAUGAUUUUGGGUUGUAAGAAAAAACUAGGAAGAAAUGGUU